CAAGGAAGUAAAAAGGUGUAACCGACCAAUAAGGGAAGAAUAACAAGUACAAAAACAAAAAAAAUAAUGUUUAAAAAAAAAAAAGAAGCAGCUGCUGCUGCCGUGUGCGCGGUCAGCCACGUUAUUGUCAUUGCUAUUGUCACCCGGUGUGUGUGUGUGUGUGUGUGUGUGUGUGUGUGUGUGUGUGUGUGUGUGUGUGUGUGUGUGUGUGUGUGUGUGUGUGUGUGUGUGUGUGUGUGUGUGUGUGUGUGUGUGUGUGUGUGUCCAGAGUCGUGCUGGCGUGCCCCCCAGGUUAGUUCCCGUCACACCCGUCCCCCUCCCAGCCACCCCGCCCCUUCACUUCCUGUAGUGGUGACGACUGCUGGCACCGAGUGGACAUUACAAGCUAUGCUUGCUAGCAAAAUAAGGUGUGUGGGAGACGGCGUGUCUGCGGUAGGCGCGCAUCCUCGGCUGCUGUCCAUGUGGGAUCCUGGAUCAUUUCAAACGGGCAGACACUCACUUUCCAUGGGCUUGAUGUUUGUCCUCGUCUUGUUCAUGCUGGCUCGCGGCGCAGGGUCAAGGGGCCUGGGUCGAGUGGGAACCACACUAAUACAAGUCCGACCUCAGGGGUCUGAACUAAGCUCUGCAAUCAUACCCCCCGCCGGCCCUCCCUCGCCCUCGCCCUCACCACCAUCACUAACAUUCCCAGCAGGGUUGUCCCCUCAAUGUCCCCGUUGAAGGGACAUUGUUCCCCGUCAUUCCCCGUCUCCUGAGCUCCGCCUACUCAAUUCCAGUGGAAAUGGCCAGUGCACUUUCUAGGCGUCUUCCGGAGACCUGCCCUUCCUUCUAAUCCUUGGCAUACACUUUAACUCCACCUUGCCCUGGAGAGCCCUCCCCUGCCCCCCUCCCCAAACCCCCCCCUCUCUUCCAUUCGGGCAUAUAUAGUUAAUAUAGAGAAGUCAUGAUUCUGCUCGUGUUGUUUAUGAAAAAUAUAAAUCAUGUAAUUAAGUAUGCAGUUUUUUUUUUUGGUUGUCUUUUGUAGUUUUGAUCAACUUGUCUUUUUUUGUUUUUUUUGUUUCACUGCUUUGUUUUUUUUGUUUCUUCCUAGUGGACUUAUUGACGUGUUCCUGUGAUGCGUUUGCGUCUCGACAGUUUGUGUGCAUUGAUCUUUUUUGCAUUCUAGUACAUUCCUUUUUCAGGCUUGUGUUUAUGUCAUUGGAAAAAAAAAAUAAGGCGAGUAGCGUGCGAGGUCCCGUUCUGGAGACGCGUGAGACGGGCCACCGACCAGAGAACCCGGGCGUGCGUUGAGUAGGAGUGAGCGAGCCCGCCUGCGUAGUCGUAGCAGGCUACAGCUGGUCGGGUUUACAGUGUUAAAACACAAACGCCAGGGUGGUGUCGUGUCAGAGCUGGUUUGGCUUCCAGCUGGGUUUGCUGUUCUUUUUAACCGUCCCCCGGGUCUGACAUUCGUCCAGGUAAACGCUUGUGGCUGUCCCUCAUUUUUAUUUAGUUUUUCCGUUGGGAGUUUAGCGCUAUGAAUUUGAGACUGCCCUUUUUUGACGUGUGAUGGCGUGACACGUUUUAGGCUGAGCAGCGCAGCAGUACUAGGCCAGGGACGGUGGUAGACGAGCACGUUUUAAUUAGGAGAGGACGCAUUAUCAAUCCCCAAACAUGGUCUCAAGGCCCUGCUGUGCUCAAACCCUCACACACACACAUAGAGUACUCGGGAGGUGAUUGUGAUUUGCUUCGUAAUUAAUUACAUUUUUUACUCCAACAAUCUUGGUAGGCUGUAUCCAAUGGCACUUGAUCUUAUUUUGUUAGUACACAUUUCAGAAAGGUUGACGACUGAAUUAAACUCACCCUUCCCUAUCCUUCUUGCAUAAACACACACCGGCACCCAAUUUUUGUGUGUGUGUGUGUGUGUGUGUGUGUGUGUGUGUGUGUGUGUGUGUGUGUGUGUGUGUGUGUGUGUGUGUGUGUGUGUUGUGUGUGUGUGUGUGUGUGUGUGUGUGUGUGUGUGUGUGUGUGUGUGUGUGUGUGUGUGUGUGUGUGUCCCAAAAAUGACAUCUAUGAUACAAACUCAUAUUAGUUUAACAGGUAUUGUGCCCUGCGUCGCUAUACACGCCACUCACAGGAAGUUGACCAUCGUAGUGAAAAUAUAGUCAUUUGUGAGUGUGUUUGCGUGCGUGUGGGUCUAUGCAGUAUCCGCUAGCUAAUGCAGCCCCGUGUAUCGGUGUUAAAUCCUGUCAAAUACCUGUGUUAGAUUUAAGAUUUACUCUGUACUGAAAAAUGUGAAAGUAAAACUAUGCCAUAUACUCAACUGAAGUGGUCCUGUGUUUGAUAUAUAGUAUUACCUGCUCCUACAAUAUAAGUGUGUCUGAACUACACUUUGUGACAAUACAGCUCUACUUCUUUAAAUCCCCACUACUAGCAUAGACCAAGCAUAUGAAAUCCUUAGCUACUGUAAAGCAGGACUGAAAAAAUCUCUGGGUCGUAAAAUCGAUAGGCAUAUAUGAUGGUUAAGUCAUAAAGUCAUUCAUUGACUAAGUCCAAAAGUCAUUCAAUAAUUUCCAGUGAUACAUGAUAGGUAACGUGUUUGAGAGAAGGUUUAGAUAUACGACACUAACAGAGAGUUUGAGAGAAGUAAGGACUAGACACUGUAACACUGAUUGAGAGAAGCAAGGACUAGAAAUAUGACACUGUAACAGCGUUGCAGAGAUGUAUGGACUGGAUGACACUAACAGUGUUUGAGAGAAGGAUUAGAAAUAUAACACUGUUACAGCAUUUCAGAGAACUAGAUAUAUUACACUGUAACAGAGGUUUUGAGAGAAAUGAAUAUAUAUAUAUAUGCCACUAACAGGGAGUUAGAGAGAAGUACUGUAGAUAAAUGAUCAAACAGAAUUUGAAUGAAGUACUUUAGGUACAUGACCCUAACAGAGAUUGGAUGAGGUACUGUAGAUACAUGACACUUUAACAGUGAUUGAGAAAAUAAGGACUGUAGGUGAUUGAUACUAACGUUCGUUUGAGAGAAGGACUAGAUAUAUGACACUGACAGCGUCCUUGAGAGAAGUAAGGACUAGAUAGAUUGGUAGUGAGUAGCCUAGACUGAAUAAAACCCAUGCCCAAAACGUGCUUUGUUUCCACUAAAAUAAGGUUGAAUACUCCCUAUUGAAGGCGUAUCCCUCUCACACCACAUCUGGGACAAACAACUGCAUGUAAGAUGCAGAAAGGAAUCUCGGGGGGGAUGGCGAGAACAGAUGUAGUCGAAGAUACCUAUGAUUAUGUCGUCAUUUUUAAUCGUUGUUGCGACGUGUGAAAUGAUUUCAGCGCAUUGCAUAAACGCACAAGAGUUGUAAAUAAAUGUGAUGACGCAGCUCACUUAAAAACAGUGCUACACUGACUGACGUGCAGACGGAUGAUGAACCGAUUACAGUCGACUAUAGAUGACAUGAUGAGAUCACAUUUAUUCAUUCAGAAUGUGUCAUUUAUUUUGGUCAUGCAAUACGCAUCAUGUAAAACGCGUUCAAUAAACAGAAACAACCAUACAUGCGCGAUAAAUACAGCGAUUGGGAAGAUACAUUAGCUUAGCCUGUUUGACUGAAUUCGUGGGUUGAAUGCUCUUUUGACUAGCCCGCAACAAUGGCGCCUGUGGGGGGGAUAGUGCUCAAUCAAAAGGUACGAUUCAUCACAAUAAAAUGCAGAGGUCUCCUCUGAUGAAUUGAUGAUGAGGACGAACCGGGCUGCUGCGCGCCUGCGCAAUGUCAGCACUCGCGGUGGCCUGUGAUUGGCUGAAAAUGACAUCACCUACUAAAGCGCUAUUCUUAGCGUUGAACGGCAUUACCUCAUCCUUUUCGCUUCUCUCAGGUAUAGUCGGACAACAACAAACGUUGGGAACAUUUGCAAGGACGGCGAGGAAGAGGAAGGGAGUGCACGUCGCCAGAUCUGUGUUGAUUGUGUUAUUUUUUUCGUCCACCAAAGUGUCCGAGAUUCUGGAAGUGACCGCUCCAACAGCUUCGGCAUUCUGUCUGGUCGCAAGGCUAUUCGAGCAAGAUUUCAAGUUUGCAUAUUGGAGUUUUUGGAUAACACAAAUCUAAUCAUCCAGCCAUGGUGUUCUGCAGGGAGGGAGAGCGCGAGCGACCUCCGCUGUCUCUCAUUCUGCCGCAUCUCUUCCUUGGAGCUGAGCGGGACGUUACGCAGGACUCGCUCAGUGCCAGAGGGAUCUCCUACGUCUUGAGCGUGAGUCGCUGCAGUCCGCAGCCCUCCUUCCUGCCCGUCUCGCAGUACUUGCGCAUACCCAUCGACGACUCUCUGCGGGACGACCUUCUGCCCUGGAUCCCCGCGGCGCUGCGCUUCAUCGACGGGGCCAUGUCCUCUGGAGGAGCCGUCCUGGUCCACUGUGCAGCCGGUAUCUCCCGCUCCCCGGCGCUGGCUGUGGCCUACAUCAUGUACAGCAUGGGGCUGGACCUGGACCACGCCUAUAGGUUUGUGAAGGAGAGAAGGCCGUCCAUCUCCCCCAACUUCAACUUCCUGGGCCAGCUGCAGCACUUCCAAGGCAGCCUCCGUCAGAAGUCCACGGACGGACGCCUGGUCAUCCAGCCCCUGAACCCCCCCAACGCCAACCACUCCGUCCCCCCCACCGCCCCGCUGCCCGCCCCGGGCCCCGGCCUGGACCACCAGGGCAACCUCCUCCCUGCUGGAGACCCGGGGGCCUUCGCCAGAGGGGACGCCCCCACCGACCGCACGGAGGAAACCGCCCAGAGAUGUUCCCGCUGGGGCGAGGCGCCGGAGGACCCCUCCGAGGCGGCGGCGGCGUGCGCGCUCUCCAGGAAGCUCCAGACGCUAGACCUCUCGCUCAACCUGACCCCCAGCGAGCCAUCGGGCCCCGCCCCCUGCCGCAAGCCGACGCCCCCCCCUGCUCACCUGCACCUCCCCAUAGGCCACGCCUCCCUUCUGGAGAAGCGCCGGAGCCUCACCCUCUCCUUGUUCAGCACCGUCAACGCUCCCCACGCCGUCACCACACCCACACCCAGCCGGCCGCACCCAGCCACCGCACAGACGCAGGCGGACACCGCCUCCGUUCCAGCUAGUCAGACGGCUCGUGUUGGAAGUGCCGGGCAGUACCCCGACCCGCCAGCAGAGGUAGCUGUUGAGUCGGCUGCACCGGAGGCCGGAAGCCAGAGGCAGCGGAGGUCGGCUUCCUCUUCCUGCACGAGGAGCACCAUGCCGGCCCUGGCAGCCCCCCAAGGCCCAGCCCCGCUGGGGGGGAGAGCCCAGGGGAAGAGCGCAGCUGUCUGCCCCCCCAACCAGGCUCAAAGUCCUAGUCAGAAGACGGCCAACCGAAAGGAGACGAGGAGGGGGGAGGCGGCCAGGAGGCAGCUCCGCCUCCCCAUCAUCCCCAUACUCACCCCCACACUCACCUCCACCACCACCACCAGCACCAUAGUCGACCAGCAGCCGUCUGCAGAGAACAAGAAGGGCUCGUCCACUCUGGGCCUGGAGGAGAGCGCUGUGGAGGACCAGAGCCCGCUGUCCCCGCUCAACCUGACCCUCAACAAGUUGCUGGGCUGGGGGGAGAGAAUGCUGCUCGGGGUGCUGCUGGGGCCCCAGAUUAAAAUGGGACAGGCUGCUCUGCCGUACAGGUGCUGAUGAAGAAGGGCGCCCUCUACUGGCGGAGAGUGGGAGCAAGAGACUCUUUUUACAAAAUAAUCCUUAAGCGAAUUUUGUCUGUUUAUGAGAAGGCAAGCGAAAGCCGAGCUCGUGUUAUGUAUGUGGGUGCAUGUGCCUUUGCGCACUUUUGUGUGUACGCACAAAUGUACGCAUGUGCACCAGCUAAAGUUAUGACAGCGUAUGUGUCCCUUUGAGGUAACCAUAUCGCAUGUUUACUGUACCCCUGCCUAUGACAUUUUGCUGCGGUAAAGGAACUGGGAAGGAACCCAUUUUUUUCAAUGACGUCUUAUUUAUUAAUGACCUGAGAAGGUACUAUCUAUGUGCAUUUGAGGGAGGUAUACCUUGAAUCCAGAUGCCAGGACACGCUUGAUUAUGUUAUUUUCCUAUUUAUUAACUGACAGUUGUCAGGUGUUUUGUGUUUCCUGUUAUUUAUAAGAUGCCGAUAUUUUGAGAGCUGUAUUUUGCCGCUAUGACUUGUUAAGAAAACAGUGUUCAUUAAAGACUGCAAUUUAAUCUUGCAUUAUGUCGUCUAACGUCUAUGACACUUGCUUCAAUUCUAGAUUAAUAUAGAUGUGCUGAUUCAGUGUCCUUCUUCAAACAAAUGAUCAUAAAGUAUACACUGCAUAUACGUUUAACUUUCUACCCUUUGAGUUCUCAAACGGAAAAGAUAAUAAUGUUUACUUUUCGGCUUUGAAAAAGUCUCCCACUCGUCAUCUCUGGGCGGGGUUUGGUGACUCACAUCCGGUAGAAAUAAGGCACCUCAUGAACAAGGACCAGGUAGCACGAUUUAACAGGAUGAAACCUUAGACGAACAAAUAAUAAUUAGAAAAAUAUUAGUCUCACACCAUUUAAUAACUAGACCUGUGAACGGUUAGGCGACACGGUACAGCCCUGACCUACUGCAGUCGAAUGCCAAGCAAUGAUAACCUUUCAUUGCCAAAUAAGGAAAUUGACAGAAAAGUGACACUUUGGAACUCAAAUCCACCUCAAUGCUUUUAAGACCGAUCGUAUUGUCGGGCAUAGCCAUUGAAAACAACAUUAACAACUAGCAAUACAAAAUUAACCUUAUGGAUUCUGAUCAAAAUCGCAUGCCUUUUUUCCUUAGAAGGGGCUGCAUGAGAAAUGA